ACGUUGAUCAUCAGUAAGUUCUCGGUGUCCACACGUGUAGAACCCAGAAGGCGAAAUUAUGAAGUUUUGGUUGACGGUAACCUGCAUUCUGGGAUGCCUCGGAGGGGCUUUCACACUAUACACGGCCAUUUCGGUAGGAUCGAAUGGCCUGGUAACGAUGAGCACUGCGUUGCAACAGAUCUCUACUGCCCUUACAGCUUAUAGUACUGCUUUAAACACCGCGCGUACUUCAGCUUAUGCUAUCCUUACCGAUCUGAUGGGAUACGCGAAUAUUACGUACACGGCUAUGAACAAGACCUGGAGUGUCAAUCAAACAAACCUACAAAGUUUUUUACAAAUGGUUUCGUCCUUCAAUCAAACUAUUGGUUACGGUGAAGCUUCUCUUACUUCUCAAAUCAACCAGAACCUCUAUUCUUUGGAUAGUGGAUUGCAGUUGGGUAUUGACAACAUCAUGCAGUACUACAACAGUCUGGUGUACCAAAUGUCGAACACUAAUGGAGACAACUGCACGUUGCGUAAUGCCACCCAAAUGGCAAAUGUGCCCGUUUCGCUGGCUAAAUUUGCCACGUGUCUCCAGCUGGAUACUGCUGCGGUCACUCAGUACUUGCCUUCCGUUUUGAACAUGUUAGCUUAUUCCAAGACUGAGUUAGUAUCAUAUAUUGGACAGCUGAAAAAUUGCAGCUCCUACUCGGCAUCCUGCCAGAAUGCUUAUUUCCAGCAAAUAUAUUCGGAAUUGAGCAAUACGCAAUAUUUGCUAUCGAGUGCGGAGAUGUUCAUGAGCUCGGCAUUCAAUGAAGCUGGACAACGUGAUCAAUUUUGUUCCCAGUUAAUUCAGUCCGACAUUCAGGACAGCACCCAGAACUUAACCAACGCGUUUUCGCUGUGUAGCUGGCCUUAAUUUUACGUCGUUCUUUCAAAAUGAACCAUUAAAAUAUUAUGCAUCAUCUACUAUAGUUACUGUCUGCUAGUCAAUAAAUGUGUUCUACAUGA